GACAACAAAAAAUUCCAUGCUCGAGCAUUGAAGUUCGUAAGAACUAAAACAGCUUCAACAUGGAAAAAUCACAUACUAUAGGCACCGACGUCUGGAAAAAUGCGAGCGUUCGCAAUAUCAAACUGGCUCAGACGGUCGUCGGAAGAAGCGAUAAAGCCUGCGAUAUGGGACAGCAGCUAGACCCGUUGCCUUCUCUUAGAGACACAUGUAUUCAACAAAGCAAUGCUCGGAUACAAGCAUAUGCUAGAGCUACCCGUGCAGUUCUCGUGAAACUCAGAGAAAAUCUACUGGACACAAAUGAAGAGAUAAAAUCACUGAUAAGAGGCAAAGAACAUUUGGAGAAGACGCUUGAACACAUUCGUAAAGAUAUCAMGCUUAAUCUUCAAUCAAUUUCUCAAAGAAAGACCAGGCCGGCAAGAGAGAAGGGUGGUGAUGGAGCUGAUGAUCUCUUAGCAUCUGAGAGGCAACACCUUUUAAAACUUAAACGCAUUCUGGAAGCCCAAUUGAGAUCAGUCCAGAAACAACUCCAGGUUCUUGAUUGUUCAAGGAAGAGGCUAACUGCAGCCCUGAGUGAAAGAUCUCGAGUCAUGGAUCUGAUAUGUCAUGCUGUUUCCUCAGUCCGUGGUGCAGGCAUAAAGGACCAGUUAGAGAAGCCUUCAACCCCUCCUGUGGAGGCCCUGGGUCCUUAUACACCAGAGUGUGCUAGAGUCAUAUCUGAAGCUAUUGAUGCUAGAGAGAGGUCUAGCACCCUGAGAAAGGAGGUUGCUGAGGCUAUUGAGCAGACUAUAAAGCUACAGAAAGCUGCUCAUAAUUCUGUGAAUGAUGGUGUGACACAGAAAGUUGCUGAGACUGUCACAAUGAGGCAACACCUUCAAGUUGGUGGUGGUGAAUUGCGCAUGGCAAUACAUCGCAACAAAAGAUGGCAUGAUUCUACUGAGAUGGCUUUGGGAUACACUCUGGGCCCAGUAGCUUAUUCAGACCUGACCUCCAGAGAGCGUCUUGACAGGCCAAUGGUAUCUGUAUUCCAGCGUCAUCCUGGCAACCAGUUGCCUGAGGCACGUGAGCUAGGGAGGGGUGGCAUGGGACUGCAGGAGUCCCUCAAUGCUACAGCACGCAAUAUAAGCCUUCUGAAGUUGACAAAACAGAGAGUUGAUGAAGAUGCCAGGGACAAGAACCGUGCUGCAUUAAUUGACUCCAGUAUUGUACGCAUGAGGCGUCGCCUUGGAGACCAUCGCUGGGUUUUAGGUGGUGUUGGGUGUUGAUCAAAACUUUUUUAACAAGACUUAGGAGCACUUAUUUGGGUUUGAUACAGGAGUAAUAUACUGUUGAUUUAUUCUAAAGCCACAUGUAUAUACAAUUUAUACAUGUAUUAAAGAAACUUCUAAAGGA